UGCCAUCCCCGCCUACGUUUUUGCGUCGGAGCCAAUUGCCCUGUGGUGAUUGCUGCUUUGGAGCUUCCUAAAGCACGUCGAGUUCAAUGCAGUCGCUGCACUGCAGAAUUUUGUUUUGGCUGUGGCGAGGACUACCACGCACCUACCGACUGUGAUAAGAUCCGUCGCUGGUUGGUAAAAUGUCGGGACGACUCUGGUACUGCCAACUACAUGGCAGCACACACCAAAGACUGUCCACAAUGCCAUGUUUGCAUUGAAAAAAAUGGUGGUUGUAAUCACAUGGUGGGGGCUUUUCCAUAUGCUUAA